AUGCAACAAAAAUUAUCAAUUGGUACCUCAUGUAAUGGCUACAAGUUUAUUACAGUCGCUGAUAUUCAAAUCAAAGAUAUGCAGAUUGAUUCCAAGUCCAAAAAAUCCAAACAGGUAAAAGAAAAAGUUCGACAAAGUAACAAUACUCAAAUGAAGUGUCCGUUUUUACAAAUUAAGGAUUGUGAUAUUUUUGAAAAUUCAACUGUUGAAUUAAUGCAUGGUUCUAUUCAAGGUGAUUUAAGGAGACACCUUAAAAAAUUUUUCAAAUAUUUCAAUUACACCAACAUUUUAAGUGAUUUUCAGUCUGUUAUGGACAAGUAUACAAACAAUCAUGGUAAACCUUUGAAAAUGAUUGCAAAAGAUUACAAUGAUUGUUCAGCAGAUCAUUUUUUGGAAUUCGUGGUUUUUAGUUGCCCAAUUAUGUAUGAUUUUCUUAUUAAUAAUAAGAAUCACUGUGAUGUUUCAUUCAGUUUGAAGAAGAAACAUAUAAUAUGUUGGUCAAAUCACGUAGAAUACGUACUUUCUUUGAUUCAAGAUUUGGUUUCACCUUCAAAUAUUGAAAUUGCAAAAUUGAAACAUUUCAAUUUCAGGAAACAAGUCAUUUCCCUAUAUGGUAAUGGUAAUUUUACAAAUCCUAAUUUUCAUUGGAAUUCUCAUAUUUUUGAAGAUUGUUUGAAGUGGGGAAAUGCCAGGUUCUUCUGGGCAUUGCUUUUUGAAUUGAAACACAAAGUUUUCAAACAAUUUAAUGACUCUUCCAAUCACAAAAAUUUAGAACAACGAGGAGCGAAUUUUGAAAAACUUCAAAAACAAAUUAACAUCAAUUAUCCUUGGGUAAGAAAUCAAUCUGAAAACAAGAAAUGGAUUCCAAUUGUACAAAACAAAGAAUUUAUUUUAUUUAAGGCAAAGGAUGGUUCCUUACUUGUUGGUCAAUUUGUUGAGGUUAAAGAGCAAAGAGUAUAUUUCACCAACAUCAAAAAGUGUCUCUCUUCGGUUCAUCCAAUUAUUGGAUAUAGAUUAAUUGAUUCAAACAUUCAUGUAACAACAGGCUAUGUUGCACUAAAUCAAAUAAUUGGUAAAUGUUUGAUUCAUAAUAUUGCUGGCAAAGAAAUGUUCAACCAAUACUCGUUUUUCAUGAAUUUCCAUAAAGUUAAAUUUUAA